AAUUGUCCACAGUGAAGUGACACUUCUCCUCGCCUUCUCUACCCAAGCACAACCUCAACAGCCAACACCAUGUGUGGAAGCUACUACGGAAACUCUUAUGGAGGCUGCGGCUAUGGAGGCUGCGGCUAUGGAGGCUGCGGCUAUGGAGGCUGUGGCUACAGAGGCUGUGGCUAUGGAGGCUGUAGCUACGGAGGCUGUGGCUAUGGAGGCUGUGGCUAUGGAGGCCUGGGCUGUGGCUAUGGCUCCUACUAUGGCUGUGGCUUUCGCAGACUAGGCUGUGGCUAUGGCUUUGGUUCUGGCUGUGGCUAUUACUACUGAGAACACCAUGAGAAAUUCACCCUCUGAACCAUCACUUAAUGAUUCAGCAGUUCUGAACCACACAAAUUUUCUGCCUCACCCCUAAGUGAUGUUUUUUCUACACUACCCUGUAAACUUCUGACAUGAUUUGCUAAAAGUCUGAUAUCUGGAACUGAUGUCACUUAAUGUCUGGAAGAAUAUAAAACUCAACCUGUGAAUUCAUAUUGCAACAAGAUGACGUUGCUAUAGUGCUUGUUUUUGUAAUUUUAUGCUAAAUUUGCUUCUCUGUUUUCCUAAUAAAUUUUGAAUUUCCUCAUAAA